AUGAUUUUGUUUAUAAUCUUUUCAACGGUACUUUUAAUCACCUUAACCUACAAAUUGCGCUCCAACUUCAAAUUAACCGCGUCAAAUAAAGAAACAAUCCCAAUAUCUGUGAACUUUCAUUUUACUCGAAAUUGCAAUUAUGAAUGUGGAUUCUGCUUUCAUACAGCAAAAAAUUCUGCAAUGCCAACAUUAGAAUCUUCAAAAGUUGUUCUCCAAAAACUCUCAAAUGCAGGCAUGAAAAAGUUAAACUUUGCAGGCGGAGAACCAUUCCUCUACCCAAAAUAUCUACAACAUUUACUUCGUUAUUCCAAACAAGUUCUUCAUCUAGAAUCAGUGUCCAUUGUUAGCAAUGGAAGUAAAAUAACCAAAAAAUUUCUCGAUGAAAACAAGGAUUAUAUCGACAUCCUCGCGAUUUCAUGUGAUUCCUUCGAUGAAUCAACAAAUAUAAAAAUAGGGAGGGGGAAAGGAAAUCAUGUAGAAAAGUUAAAAGAAUUAAGCAGAUGGUGUAAAGAGUAUAAUAUAAAGUUCAAGUUGAAUACCGUAGUCAACAAAUUUAAUUAUUUCCAAGAUAUGAACAAACAUAUAGAAAUGAUACAACCGUUUAGAUGGAAAUGCUUUCAGGUGUUGAUUAUUGACAACGAAAAUGGUGGAGAAAAUACACUCAGAGAUGCGCGAGAUUUUGUAAUCAGUGAUCAGGAGUAUGAUGAUUUUGUGAAAAGACACCGUAGACAAAAAUGUAUGGUGGUGGAGGGGAAUAAAGUUAUGAGGAAUUCGUACUUAAUAUUAGAUGAAAACCUAUGUUUCUUAAAUUGCCAGGGAAAUGACAAAAGACCAACCGAAUGUUUGACGAAUGUUGAUGUUAGUAAAGCAUUAAUCCAGGCGGGAUGGGAUCAAAAUUCUUUUUCAAAGAGAUCUGGCGUUUAUGAUUGGAGUAAGAGCAGUAAACCAAGUUGCGGUGGGGACAACAGUAAAUUACUCGAUUGGUAA